GGUCAAUAUUGAUAAAAGAGACGUGCCAUGAUCUUCAAAUCCUUCACAAAUCAAGGGUUUGUACAAAAUCAUCAUCAGAAUCCAAUUCACGUAUCAGUAUCACGCUUAAAUAUUGCUGAUCGCGCCUGCUUGUCAGCCUUGUUGGUCUUUAUAAAACGAGGCUGAGAUCCCCUCAUCCUGCAUCUCGAACUUCUGCGACUCUUCACUUCUCGAUACCAGCAUUAUGAAUCUGUCACUAACUGAUCCUUUUGUUCUUGCACAAGAUUAUCCCGAAUCAUCCACACUCACCCUUCGCAGUGGCCAUGCUUCCUGCGUGCGCUUCAAUCGCAAAGGCGAUUUUCUUGCCGCAGGGCGCACUGAUGGCACAGUCGUGAUUUUUGACGUUGAGACCAACGGCAUAGCACGGAAGCUCAAAGGACAUACACGACAGGUGCAAUCGCUAAGUUGGUCGCGCGAUGGUAGGUUUCUACUCACGUCGAGUCAAGAUUGGACAUCUAUUGUUUGGGAUUUGAUGGACGGGAGUAUUCUGAGGACUGUACGGUUUGAGGCACCGGUAUAUUUGGCAGAAUUUCAUCCUUGGACACAUUUGAAGAUAUUGGUCUCAUUGUUCGAAGAUCCGCCUCUACUAGUAGAUCUUACAAACCUUCAAGUUGUGAAAUACAUCCUACCUUCUACAAUUAAAAAACGAACAGUAUAUGGAGAAGACGAAUCGAAACCGAUCGCACCACAAACCACAACGGUCGCGAUUUUCACCGCCUCGGGAGAUCACAUACUUUCAGGUACUAACAAGGGAUGGCUGAACAUAAUAGAAGUUGCUACGAGGACGGUUAUUUACUCCACAAAAUUGUGCACCGGCGUGUUACUUUAUAUGCGGCUUACAACUUCUGGGCGAGACGUGGUAGUCAAUGCUCAGGACAGAAUUAUUAGGACAAUCCAGAUACCAAAUUUGUCAGCUGAGGAUCUGGACCCUGACACGAUAGAUAUUGAAGUCGAGCACAAAUUUCAAGAUGUGGUGAAUAGGCUGAGUUGGAAUCAUGUAGCAUUUAGUGCAACGGGGGAAUAUGUAACGGCUUCAACAUUCAACAAUCACGAUAUUUAUAUAUGGGAGAGAAAUCACGGAAGUCUGGUAAAGAUUCUGGAAGGACCAAAGGAAGAGCAUGGAGUGGUGGAAUGGCAUCCUCACAAGCCUAUGAUUGCGGCCUGUGGCUUGGAGUCGGGAAGAAUACAUAUUUGGUCCAUUGUUCCGCAGCAAAGAUGGUCGGCUCUAGCACCGGACUUCGCUGAAGUCGAGGAGAAUGUUGAGUAUAUUGAGAGAGAGGAUGAAUUUGAUAUUCAUCCACAGGAGGAGAUUCACAAAAGAAGAUUAGAUGCUGAGGACGACGAUAUAGAUGUUCUAACGGUUGAACCAAUCAAGGGGGAUGUGAUCGACGAAGACAAUGCAUUCAGGAUGCCAGUACAACUCGACGGGGAUGACACCGAGAGCGAAGAAGAGUUUGUAGCUGUAGGAAGGGGUGAAAUGAGAAGGAAAAGUCCCUCAGAUGGACGCAAUUACCAGCUUGAUUCGGAAGCAAUCGGCAGUGCAGAUGAACAGCCUCGAAGAAAGAAAGGUAGAAGACGUUGAAUCAUGCAUCCUUCUAAAAAAUUCGAUAAAUGGCGUUUUUAGGCAAGUAUGUGGUCUGGAGUUUAAGGUGGGAAAGAUAUGUUUUCGGUGGGUACUCUACUGACUUGCAUAUCAUAUGCAGCCGUCAACCAAUUAAUAGCUUACACAUUAAGAAUGAAAUAAUCUAGCAAUAAGCUCAACCAGCA